CGCCCCCCGCCCGCCGCCCGGGAGCCGCAGCCGCCGCCGCCGCCGCCGCUCCCGCGCCCUCCGCGCCGCCGCCGCCGCCGCAGCCGAGUCUGCAGCCGGGAGGAGAUCCCAGCCAUCAUGUCCAUCAAGAAGAUCUGGGCCCGGGAGAUCCUGGACUCCCGUGGGAACCCCACGGUGGAGGUGGAUCUCCACACGGCCAAAGGCCUCUUCCGGGCUGCGGUGCCCAGUGGGGCCUCCACGGGCAUCUAUGAGGCCCUGGAGCUCAGGGAUGGGGACAAACAGCGCUACCUCGGCAAAGGGGUCCUGAAGGCCGUGGACCACAUCAACAGCACCAUCGCGCCUGCCCUCAUCAGCUCGGGCAUCUCCGUGGUAGAACAGGAGAAGCUGGACAACCUGAUGCUGGAGCUGGACGGGACCGAGAACAAAUCCAAGUUCGGGGCCAACGCCAUCCUGGGCGUGUCGCUAGCCGUGUGCAAGGCGGGCGCGGCCCAGCGGGACUUGCCCCUGUAUCGCCACAUUGCCCAGCUGGCCGGGAACUCGGACCUCAUCCUGCCCGUGCCGGCCUUCAACGUCAUCAACGGAGGCUCGCACGCGGGGAACAAACUGGCCAUGCAGGAGUUUAUGAUUCUCCCGGUGGGCGCCGAGAGCUUUCGGGAUGCCAUGCGGCUGGGCGCGGAGGUCUACCACACGCUGAAGGGGGUCAUCAAGGACAAGUACGGCAAGGAUGCCACCAACGUGGGAGACGAAGGCGGCUUCGCCCCCAACAUCCUGGAAAACAGUGAAGCGCUGGAGCUGGUGAAGGAAGCCAUCGACAAGGCGGGCUACACGGAGAAGAUCGUCAUCGGCAUGGACGUCGCCGCCUCCGAGUUUUACCGCAAUGGCAAAUACGACUUGGACUUCAAGUCGCCCGCGGAUCCUUCUCGAUACAUCAGUGGGGACCAGCUGGGAAGCCUUUACCAGGACUUUGUCAGGGACUAUCCUGUGGUCUCCAUCGAGGACCCGUUUGACCAGGACGACUGGGCUGCCUGGUCCAAGUUCACGGCCAACGUGGGGAUCCAGAUCGUGGGGGAUGACCUGACCGUGACCAACCCCAAGAGGAUCGAGCGGGCCGUGGAGGAAAAGGCCUGCAACUGUCUGCUGCUCAAGGUCAACCAGAUCGGCUCGGUCACCGAGGCCAUCCAGGCGUGCAAGCUGGCACAGGAGAAUGGCUGGGGUGUCAUGGUGAGCCACCGCUCCGGGGAGACGGAGGACACCUUCAUCGCUGACCUGGUGGUGGGGCUGUGCACGGGCCAGAUCAAGACUGGCGCCCCCUGCCGUUCGGAGCGUCUGGCGAAGUACAACCAGCUCAUGAGAAUCGAAGAGGAGCUGGGGGACGAAGCGCGCUUCGCCGGCCACAAUUUCCGCAACCCCAGCGUGCUGUGACGCCCCUCGGGGCCUGGACACUCGGGCCUCUCUCUCCUCCUCCGGGAAGCCCCCCGCGCCCCUGCUCUGUGCCUGCGCCCCAGACGCCCGGCUGCCCGACCCUACCGCGCUGCCUAUUGGCUUGUCCAGCCCCUGCUCUCUCGUGCGCUCGCUGUGUCUGGGCUUCAUCUCUCCUUCUCCUUCCAUCCUUUUUUUAUUUUUUUCUCUCCUCCAAAACUGGCCAGGGUGGGGUGAGGUCUUAGGGGGGCUUGUGGAUGGAGGACCAGGGUCUGUGGCGGGAGCAUGGCCGGGUGUGGGGGUCGGGGGUCAUGUGGUUCAUGGCCACGGGCCUCCUGCCAGUUCCACGGAACCGCUGAGAUGGGCUGCGCGGGCCUGCUUGCUCAGAGUCUGGUGGGAUUUCAUUCCUUCACUCCCUCAUUCAUUCAUUCGUUCACUUCCCGUUCAUCCUGUUGAUGCCUCAUGUCCCAGAACCGUAGGGCCUCCAGCUGGUGGAACCGAGGGGCCGGUCUCUGUCAUUCAGGCCACUGUGGGUCUGGACAGGCCCGGGGUGGGCGUGAGUGGGAUGGGAACCAGGAAGAGCCUGGAUGUCCAUUUCGGUUGCACAGUGGCCCUGCACUGAAGCCUUGGUGGGGGUUGGGGUCCUGAGGUGGGGCUGUGCUCCAGGUGGUGGGGGAACCUCCCCUCCAAAUCUCUCCCCAGCCCUGGCUUCCUCAUUCUCCCUCCAGCUGCACCAGCGCCGACUCUGCCCCUCUGCCGUGUUCCAUCGCUGCCGCCACCUCCGUGGCGUGGAAUGAGCCCCAUUAAAAUCUGAAUCCAG